AUGCUGCAACAACACGUCUGCAGCAACAAACACGCAUGCUGCCAACAACACGCCUGCUCCCAACAACACGCUUGCUGCAAACCAACACGUCUGCAGCAACAACACGUCUGCUGCAACAACACGUUUGCAACAAACACGCAUGCUGCUACAACGCUGCUCCAACACCACGUGCAUGCAACAAACACGUCUGCUGCAACAACGUCAUGCGCAAGCAAACAACUGCCUGCUGCAAAGCUCGCUGCAGCUAACAACACGUCUGCUUGCGACAACACUUUCUGCCUCGCAACCACACGGUCUGUUGCGACCAACACCAUGCUGCGACUAACACGCCCUGCUGCAAACACGCUGUCCAACAACACGCCGGCUGCAUCAACACGCUGCCAGCAACAACCGCCUGUGCGAAACACGGCAGCAGCAAACUAA